UACCCACCCCACCCCGCGCAUACAGAUCCAACAACAAAAUAUACAUAUAUAUACACGCUCCUGUAUUCCACAUAUUAUUCACCCAAACUUUCUCUCUUCUUCUACGAUCUGCGAUUAAGAUACAGAUAUACGCGAGUGCGUAUAUAGAUGGGAUCUGAGUUGAUAUUCAGAGGGCACGAAACGCAGCCGGUGGCGGAUGCAUACUCGCCGAAGCCGCCGAAACCGUGGCUGAGCGUGAUUAGGCCGAUUCGGUACAUGCUCCGGGAGCAACGCCUGGUGUUCGUGUUCGUGGGCAUUGCCAUGGCCACCCUUGUAUUCACCCUCCUCCCCUCCUCCAACGUCCCCAUCUACAACAUCCCCAUUUCCAACUCGUACCUCACUUCCGAGUCGACCCAGACCCACCGGAUCAUCUACCAGAACGGCCAUGUUGCAAGGUUCCCAUCCUUCAAUUCCGGCGGGAAAAUUCCUCUGGGGCUGAAGAGGAAGGGUUUGCGAAUCGUCGUAACUGGUGGCGCUGGGUUCGUUGGGAGCCAUCUGGUGGACCGUCUGAUUGGCAGAGGCGAUAGCGUGAUCGUAGUGGAUAAUUUCUUCACCGGACGGAAAGAGAACGUCAUGCAUCACUUUGGAAACCCUAGGUUUGAGCUAAUUCGACACGACGUCGUCGAACCUCUCCUACUGGAGGUAGAUCAGAUCUACCAUCUCGCAUGUCCCGCCUCUCCUGUUCAUUACAAGCACAAUCCUGUCAAGACUAUCAAGACAAAUGUGGUAGGAACAUUGAACAUGCUGGGACUGGCGAAGCGGGUCGGUGCACGGUUUUUGCUAACGAGUACCAGUGAGGUGUACGGCGAUCCAUUGCAACACCCACAAGUCGAAACCUACUGGGGCAACGUCAAUCCAAUAGGUGUUCGAAGCUGUUAUGAUGAGGGAAAACGUACUGCUGAAACGUUGACCAUGGAUUAUCACAGAGGAGCUGGCGUUGAGGUGAGAAUUGCUAGGAUCUUUAACACUUAUGGACCUCGUAUGUGCAUUGACGAUGGACGUGUUGUUAGCAACUUUGUUGCCCAGGCUUUAAGGAAAGAGCCAUUGACUGUUUAUGGUGAUGGAAAGCAGACAAGGAGUUUUCAAUUUGUUUCCGAUUUGGUUGAGGGGCUCAUGCGCUUGAUGGAAGGAGAACAUGUCGGACCUUUCAAUCUUGGAAACCCGGGUGAAUUCACCAUGCUUGAACUUGCUCAGGUAGUUCAAGAAACAAUUGAUCCUAAUGCUAAGAUAGAAUUCAGACCCAACACAGAGGAUGAUCCACACAAGAGGAAGCCUGAUAUUUCUAAGGCGAAGGAGUUGCUGGGUUGGGAGCCUAAAGUGCCUCUUCGUAAGGGUCUACCAAUGAUGGUCACUGACUUCAGUCAACGUAUCUUUGGGGACCACAAGGAACGUGGUUCCUCGACCUCCUCAGCAUAAUCCGUGGCCUAUUAUUCAAAAUUUAUGAGAGGAAAUAUAUUGUUUAGGGAGAAAAAUCCGACGGCAGAAGUGCAGCAGAGAGGCACGGGGGCCAGCUUCGACCCUAUAUUCUAGUUAAAUAGUUUAUAAUCUUUGUUUUUGUCUAAACGUUUAUAUACUUCUGGAGUACUUGUUUUCAAUCUGUGUAGACAGGUUUGCAGCUACCUAAAUAACUUCACUAUUUUUUUUUUCUUCCAUGGAUUCUGCAUUUGCAAUGAAUCAGAUUCUUAUUUCAA